UUUAGUCCUUUAGUUUAGCUUAUUCACUCUUGACUGACAGGCUUGAUUUAUAAUAUUUAACCUAGUAAACCCCCACAAACUGAAAAAGGCCAUUAGCCAGUUUGUAUUCUUGCGAGUUUUCACGCAUUUUCGGAGUGAACUGUUUUAAAUAAAAAUGUUCUUGGUGAAAUAGUGUUUGUGUUCUGAACAGUUGAAUCGUGAUAAUGUGUAGUAACGAAAGUCCAGCAACACCAACCCCUCGACUACCGCUACCAUUUUCAGCGUUAGAAGCAAACAGUUCACCUAGACCACUCAUGCCAAUCGACCAGUAUCGCCUUCAAUUAUAUCAAUACGCCGUCGCUGAACGACUUCGAUAUCCUUUAUUAAAUCCUUUUCCAACACCUCUUCCGUGUUACCCGGCGCUGUUUCCACGUGCUUUACAACCGGAGGAACCUAAACCGCAACACAGUUACAUUGGGUUAAUCGCAAUGGCAAUUUUAAGUACUCCAGAAGGAAAACUAGUGCUUUCAGAUAUUUAUCAACACAUACUAGAUAAUUACCCUUAUUUUCGUACAAGGGGCCCAGGCUGGCGUAACUCAAUUAGACACAAUUUAUCGUUAAACGAUUGCUUUAUUAAAGCGGGGAGAAGUGCAAAUGGCAAAGGUCAUUAUUGGGCUAUUCAUCCCGCAAAUGUAGAUGAUUUCCGUAAGGGUGAUUUUCGAAGACGCAAAGCGCAAAGAAAAGUAAGGAAACACAUGGGAUUAGCGGUGGAUGAAGAUGGUACGGAUUCUCCGAGUCCGCCGCCGAUUUCUGUCAGUCCUCCAGUCGUACCAGGACCUUCAACAUCCGUAUUCCAGGUACCCGUAAAUACAAAGGUGCCAUCUCGCAAGCGACAGUUCGACGUUGCCUCACUAUUAGCGCCGGAUUCCGGAGAGGAAACGACCGAGGAAGAUAUUGAUGUGGUAAGUGGAGAGCACCACCAAGAACAACCCUCACCAAAACAGUGGCCGAUAUUUCCUAUCGUUAAUUAUUAUCAGGCGCUGUUACAGUCGCGAUCGGGACCACCUAAAGACGAACCGUCUAACACAGAUAAUCUGGAUUCUCCUUAAACGAACGUGAUAUUGAUAUAUAUUUAUAGGUAUACAUUUAAAGUGACUAUUUGUGUUUGAAUUUGAAAAUUCUAAAAGGUAAAUGUUUAAUAUCUUGAA